CUACAUUUUGGUUUAAUGGAAAGGGAAGAGAAUGGGGAGGAAAACAUAUAAAUCUAUUUCCAUAUAUAAAUUAUCUGAUCUACCUACGCUGAUUUGGUACAGACGGAAGAGGAGUAAAAGAAUGCUCCUUUUUGUCCAUUUCUUGAGAGACUGGAAACAGUUGACGUGGAUGGGUAGCAUACUCUAUUAUUAGUCUCUCUACCCUUUUGCUUCCUAACUAAAAGAAGGAACUAGCCCUUCUCUUUUCUUCUAUUCUUCUCCUAUAGCUGAUCCUUUCUGAACUCCGACAAAACAUGUAACAUGCUUUCAAGGGAGAGUUUCCAAUGUAAUUCUCCUUUCUUUCAUGGUCUUUGUUGUCAUAUCAUAUGGCUUCCUCUCUCUUUUUGGGUAGGCUGAUGGGGAAUGGUUGCAGAAAUAUAUGGCCUGCAUCUUUUGAAUAAAUGCCGAACAGUGGGCAAGAAGGUGGCUAAAGGGUAGAGUGAAGUUAUAAGAAGACCUAAGUGUAGAAAAACUUACUUUUAAGUAUAUGCAUUGUAUGUUAACAUAUUGCUGAUUAAUUAUUAGUGACAAAUCAUCAUUGUAUGCUCAAGCUCACUUUGAAGUUUAAACUAAUUGUCACCAUCUUACACCAUUCCAAAUUGUCAAUACCUUUUUGUUAAGGUUCCUAUUUCUCAACAAUUUGUUAUAAAUACUAGGUAAUUAACUUUGAAGGCUGUAUCUCGUGCUAGCGAUUUAGAGGAGGCUGCUGGACCACCAUUUUCCCUCUCUUGCUCUUCUUUGCAAGAGUGAAUGGAAGAAAAAGUUGAUCAUGGAACUUGUUGCCAUAUUCAUCCUAUUGCUGUCAAGUCUGGGACAUUGAUGGGUGUCUUCGUGCCAUGCUUGCAAAAUAUUAUGGGGAUCAUCUACUAUAUCAGAUUUUCUUGGAUUGUUGGUAUGGCUGGGAUUGGUGAGUCAUUGUUACUCGUUGCUUUCUGUGGAUCUUGUACUUUCCUGACCACAAUAUCAUUAAGUGCUAUUGCCACCAAUGGUGCCAUGAAGGGCGGAGGGCCUUACUAUCUCAUUGGUCGUGCUUUGGGUCCAGAAGUUGGUGUCAGCAUUGGACUGUGUUUUUUCCUUGGAAAUGCAGUUGCUGGAGCAAUGUAUGUAUUGGGAGCUGUGGAAACCUUCCUAGAUGCUGUACCAGCUGCUGGAAUUCUUAGAGAAACUGUCACAAGAGUUAAUGGUACAGAUAUUGCGCCCAUUACAAGGCCAAGUUUGCACGACCUGCAAAUUUAUGGGAUUGUCGUGACUAUUCUUCUCUGCUUCAUAGUUUUUGGUGGUGUAAAAAUUAUUAAUCGUGUCGCACCGGCAUUCCUUGUACCUGUUGUAUUCUCAUUGGUGUGCAUAUUCUCUGGCAUUCUUUUGGCAAGGAAUGGUCGUCCAGCAGCUGGAAUCACGGGGUUGAGUUCGGAAUCUUUUAAGGACAAUUGGGGUCCUGCAUAUCAGAGGACUAGUAAUGCUGGGAUUCCAGAUCCUAAUGGAAAGAUAUACUGGAGUUUCAAUGCGUUGGUAGGUCUCUUUUUCCCUGCGGUGACUGGGAUCAUGGCAGGUUCGAACCGUUCAGCCUCGCUAAAGGAUACACAGCGUUCAAUUCCUAUUGGGACAUUAGCAGCAACUUUGACGACUAGUGCCUUAUAUCUAGUUUCAGUGCUGUUCUUUGGAUCUGUUGCAACUCGAGAUAAGCUUUUGACUGACAGGUUGUUGACCGCUUCAAUUGCUUGGCCAUUUCCAGCAAUUGUUUAUGUCGGUAUCAUCCUUUCAACCUUAGGGGCAGCCCUUCAAAGCUUGACUGGUGCACCACGUCUCCUUGCUGCGAUUGCAAACGAUGAUAUUUUACCUGUUCUGAACUAUUUUAAAGUGGUAGACGGAGGUGAGCCCCAUGUGGCCACUUUCUUCACUGCCUUCAUCUGUAUUGGAUGUGUUGUUAUUGGAAAUUUGGAUCUUAUUUCACCAACCAUAACAAUGUUUUACCUCCUAUGCUAUGCUGGUGUGAACUUAUCCUGCUUCCUUCUGGAUCUGUUGGAUGCUCCCAGCUGGCGACCUCGCUGGAAAUUCCACCACUGGAGUCUCUCUCUUGUUGGAGCAUUACUUUGUAUAGUGAUCAUGUUUUUGAUUUCAUGGACAUUCACUGUGGUAUCACUAGCCCUAGCAAGUCUAAUCUAUUAUUAUGUGAGUAUCAAGGGGAAAGCAGGAGACUGGGGUGAUGGUUUCAAGAGUGCAUAUUUUCAGCUUGCUCUUCGUAGUUUACGAUCUUUGGGAGCUAGUCAGGUACAUCCCAAAAAUUGGUACCCUAUCCCCCUCAUAUUUUGUCGUCCAUGGGGCAAGCUGCCAGAAAAUGUACCUUGUCAUCCUAAGCUAGCAGACUUUGCCAACUGUAUGAAGAAAAAGGGCAGGGGAAUGUCCAUCUUUAUUUCUAUUAUAGAUGGGGACUACCAUGAACGUGUUGAGGACGCCAAGGCAGCUUGUAAGCAGCUAAGUACAUAUAUCGACUACAAGCAAUGUGAAGGUGUAGCAGAAAUAGUUGUUGCUCCCAACAUGUCAGAAGGCUUUAGAGGCAUUGUUCAGACUAUGGGUCUUGGGAAUCUCAAGCCAAACAUUAUUGUUAUGCGGUACCCUGAGAUAUGGCGGCGUGAAAAUUUGAUUGAAAUUCCUGCUACCUUUGUUGGAAUAAUAAAUGACUGCAUUGUUGCAAACAAGGCUGUAGUUAUUGUGAAGGGUCUAGAUGAAUGGCCUAAUGAGUAUCAAAGACAGUAUGGAACCAUUGAUUUGUACUGGAUAGUCAGAGAUGGUGGUCUUAUGCUGUUGCUAUCUCAACUGCUUCUCACAAAAGAUAGCUUUGAGGGCUGUAAGAUCCAGGUUUUCUGCAUUGCUGAGGAAGAUUCUGAUGCAGAGGGACUCAAGGCCGACGUAAAGAAAUUUCUUUAUGACCUUCGGAUGCAAGCUGAGGUAAUUGUCAUUUCCAUGAAGUCAUGGGAAGGCCAAGGGGAGCAGCAAGAAUCUAUUGAAGCAUUCAGUGCUGCUCAGGGAAGAAUAGCUAGUUAUCUGGGAGAGAUGAAAGAGAGAGCGGAGAGGGAUAAGACUCCUUUGAUGGCUGAUGGAAAACCAGUGGUUGUCAAUGAGCAGCAAGUUGAGAAAUUCCUGUAUACCACUUUGAAGCUGAAUUCAACGAUUCUAAAAUACUCGAGGAUGGCUGCAGUUGUGUUUGUAAGUCUUCCUCCUCCUCCUGCCAAUCAUCCAGCAUUUUUCUACAUGGAAUACAUGGACCUAUUGGUUGAAAAUGUACCCAGGCUUUUGAUAGUUCGUGGAUAUCGUCGAGAUGUUGUCACUUUGUUUACGUAGGUAGUUCUGUUCAUACGCUUCCUUUUUCUCUUUUUUUUUUUUACCUCCUUUGCUUUAUCUUAAUAGAGUUCCAAUUCAAUUCAAUUUGUUACUUUUGUUGUUUCUCUUUUCUCCUGGAGGUGGGUGUACAAUAUACUAGUUUUUGUAUCAUUAAUUCUUUUGAACUGAAUAUUUGGGGUAAGAAAAUUUUGUUAUUGAUGAAUCUCUAGGUGACUAUUUAUUAGUCUUUUAAGAAAACGAUGAAAUAAAAAAAAAUCGUUAUUGAUGAA